GGCACCGUCUGAUCUGUAGUUGAUGUUGAAGUACAGUGAGAUGCUUUCCUGUAGCAAAAUGGUAGCCCAAGCCGAUAUUCUUCUGUCAAAGUGUGCUCAGUUUCGAAACAGAAGUCAAUUCAUCGACGUUCAAUUAAAAGUUGGUGAAGACAUCUUUCCAGCUCAUCGCAUCGUGUUGGCUGCGAAUAGCGAAUAUUUCUACGCAAUGUUUACAGAUGGAAUGAAGGAGUCCAACCAGGAAGUGAUCGAGCUCAAAGAUGGAAGCAUCUCACCAGAUGUUUUAAAGAUCAUACUGGACUCUGUGUACACUGGAGAGCUUCGUGUUAACAAUAAAACUGUAUCCAAAGUUCUCGCUGCCGCAGAUCAUCUUCAAGUCGCAAGUGUUGUUCAUCAGUGUUGUACUUUUUUGUUGAAGGAGUUCGUGAAGGUUCGCUUCGACUUUGAAACUUACUGUCGCAUCUGGGGAAUUGCGUCGAGCUAUAAGCUGAAAGAUCUACAAGACGCUGCAGAGUGUGCUGUGGCUAAGAUGUAUAAAGAUGUCUGCGAGAGUAAAGAAUUCCUAACGUACAUCGAUGGAAACCAAUUAGUCAGCCUUCUCAGCCGAGAUGACCUCAAUACGCCAUCUGAGACUUUUGUCCUUAAAUCCGUGUUGCAGUGGAUUAACUACAAGAAGGAGGAGAGGAUGCCAGUUGUAGCCAAAGUUAUUGGAGCAGUACGUCUGGGGCUGGUUGAUAUUGGAGUUGUGAUUGACGACCUUCACACAGAGGAGAUGCAACAAAUUCCUGAAAUUUACUUGCAGGUCCACGAAGCAGCAAUCUAUAAACACAAGCCUUCUUAUAAACCUAAGUCUUCAGGGAAGCAGACGAAGCCACGAUCAAAGAACCCAGUUCUCGUUGCUGUUCUGCCAAAGGCUCCAAUACAGUACUUCGAUGUAGUGGACAAGUCCUGGAAGUUGUUACCGGUUGCCACACCGCGAAUGGAGGCCACCCAUUGUUACUGUGCAGUGCCUGUUGGCAAUAAGUUGAUGGUUGCGGCACAGGACUCGCUCGGUAACUGCAUUUACCGUUAUGACACAGAGGUAAAUGUGUGGGAGAGACUCCAGUUUUUAGGUGAUCACAUCAACGAUUUGUGUGUUAUAGAUGAGUAUAUGUAUGCAGUAGGUAUACGCCAUCAAAGUCCUCAAAGGUACAAUUUCGUUAAACGGCAAUGGCAAACAUUUCCUGGAGUACCCAAAAACUGUAACUUAAGUGGUGCAGUAGUAAUGAAUUCAAAAAUGUAUGUUCUGGAGAGAGAUAGGAUCCAAAUCAUGAUGCGAGCCGUGUUACAUUGUUUUGAUCCUCAAAAGAAUAAGUGGGAAGAAAAAGCGGAAACAACCUCCUCCCAGCUGGGAUCCAUUCUUCUAGUAGUGAAAAGCAAACUCUACGUUGCUGGGAGAAGAUCCGUUUCUACUGAAUUUUCAACGUGUCGUUAUCUGCGUGAUAAUGAACCUACAUGCAUAUCUGUGGAAGUGUAUAACGAAGAAACCAACACUUGGUCUGUUGUUGAACAAAAAUAUAUUCCCGAUAACAAUCUCAACGCAGUGAAAAUAGAAGGGGGGGUGUAUUUUAUUAUCAAUAAAUUUCCAAUUGACAGUGGAAUGAGAACUGCACACAGGCGCCUGAAUUCUACUGUUCUGAACGAGUGGGAGAAUUUGGGAAAAAUAGAUCAAAAUGCAGCCCUUGGUUAUAUGACGAUAAAGAGGUAAAGUGGGGACAGAAAACGAGUUUAGGGUGGUUCCUUGUUUGAUUUCUCUUUGUUACUUGCAGUGCGCAUUAGUUGAUGUUAUUUCUCGUGUAUAUUCAUUCAAUCGUCCAUGUUUUAGUGCACUUUUGAAAGGGAAAAUGGAUGACCAUGUGAAAACAUGCCUAUAUGCGAGAAAAGAAUAGAAAAGUGUGAAGCUAAAAAACGGUGUUGAAAGUCACAGUUUUAGAAAGGAACGUGGUACAUUGUGUGCUUGUGAGGAGACAUCGGCGUCAUAACAAGAAAAUACUCUCUCUUUAACCUGUUAAAGUAACCUGUUAGGUAAAGAAGUGGUACUUAUGGGUGAACAAUAAUCAAAACUAAACGUAGAUCAUAUGUGGAGAGCGAGGCAAAUUAUAAUGUGCUCAUUUUCCCUUAAAUAAAUGUCUUCAGGAUAAGUUGAAAAUAGUCUAUAUUAUGACCUGAGGAUGAUAACCAGUAACAAAAUGCAGGUCAACUGUAAUCAAAGAAAUUGCAGAAAAUCAAGCUUGAUACACUUCAGACAUCGGGCGGAUUCGAAACCGUUUCUCGCUCCCCACAUUUGCCUGAUAAUGAACUGAAAUUAUAAUUAGUUUUCCAUGAAUAUCACCAGAAAGUUAAAGCGCCAAAUAUAUAGUCUUUACUUAAUUUUCUAACUGCAGAGACAUCUUUGAAAUAUAAUCAGAAAGUUAUUAAGAAAGGUAUCCGGUUUUUGACGCAAGUAUUAAUAUCGAAGCCAUACAAAGAGCUGUGUAUUUUAAUAAUUGUAUAUAUUUACCACACCAAAUUAUAAUUUUUACGUGACUUUAACCCAAAAGUCACAUUGCUAGACUUGUUCGAUCAUGUUAGAUCAGCAGUUAAGACUACCGGUAAAAUCUAAAUGUGUUUCAAGCCUCCUGUAAAACAUUUGAGUAUUGAAUAAAUCUACCUAAAUGUUGGAGAGAAA